AUGACGACUCGGAACUCCGGCAAGGAGCAACCAAAGUGGACGGCUUUCUUAACGAAGCUACUCGCAAACCUUAUAGUAGAUCAAGUCCUUAAAGGAAACAGAGUAAACAAUUCCUUUUCUAAUAAAGCUUGGAAUUUUAUAUCCGAUGAGUUUUACAAAAGAAGUGGCUUUAAAUGGGAUAAAGAACAUCUCAAGAACAGAUUUGCUGUUCUCAGACGCCAAUAUGGAGUUGUUAAGUUACUUCUAGCUCGAGAUGACUUCGUUUUUGAUGAAUCAAAUGGUUUCAUUAUCGCUAAUGAUGAAGCUUGGGACCAAUAUGUAACGGAGUGUCCAGAUGCAGAGGGUAUAAGAACUGAUGGUUGUCCAAUUUACAAGCAGCUCUCUCAGAUAUUCGCAGAAGAGUCCAUGUCAAACGGGAAACACGAAACAACGCGUCCUUACUUCACCCGUCUUAAGGAACCUGUGUUGUUGCCUCAAACCGAGGCGGAACUCUCAUCUGAGUACGAUGAUGCCGCUGCAGUUUGUCCUCCUACUCUUAAGAGGAAGAGGCGUAGUAGGGGCAUGGAGGCUGCUAUUGCCAAUGCUAUAUUCGAAAUGGCAGAUGCAUCGAAGCUGCGGACUACUGCUUUGACGCAGCUGAGGAGCAGGUUCUCUCUCGCCGAAUGUAUCAGAGAGCUAGAUCGGAUUCAGGGUGUAGCAGAGAAUGUCUAUUUUGCAGCACUCGAGUUCUUCAAUAACCCAAGUGCAAGAGAGACAUUCUUGUCGUUGAAAAGAGACUUGCGUUUGCCUUGGCUUCAAUGGAAAUGUAAUGUACUUACAUCUCUAUCAAUCAAUGUACAUGAAUCAGAAGCCCUUAACUUGUCAAGCAACGAUUCAAUGAAAAGUUUGUAA